AUGAAACGGUGGAGGCAGCUUCGGAGGCAUGUUCUCCGCACUCGACGCUCGAGCCAGGGUCUUGCUCGCCCAUCAGUACAGGUCAGCAAUUUGCCUCGGGACGAUCAUCUCGCAACUGCUCUCGGUAUGCCUGCAGCGAAGGACAUGGAGAAAGCGCAGCGCGCACACAUUGUGGCGCUUGUCAUUCAUGGCGGUGCUGGCGGGACCACAACCCCAGAUAUGCCAGCUGACCUGCUCGAGGCGUAUCGGAACCGGCUCCGCAGCGUGCUCACCACCACGUAUGCAGCGGAGCACGCAUCGUCGCUCGAUGCAGUCUGCCACGCCGUGGAGCAGCUCGAGGAUUCGCCGCUCUUCAAUGCGGGCAAGGGCGCCGUGUUUGAUCUGGCGGGCAACACUGUUUGCGAGUGCUCGCUCAUGACGACCCAGCCGCACCUCAAUUCGAACACCGUUGCGGUCACAGGAGUGGAGCGCACCAAGAAUCCCAUUGCACUCGCGAGGGUCUUGAUGGAGAAGAACAAGGAGCUGGGUGGGCAUGCUUUCUAUUCGGGGCAAGCGGCCGAGCAGGCGGGAUGGAAGUAUGGAACAAAGCAAGUGGGCAAGAGGUACUACUGGACCAAACGCAGGUGGAACGAGCACAAGCGCGGACUCGACAAGAUCCAGCAAGGUGGUAGCAAGCACGAAUGCUUUUUUGAUGGAGAUGAGGAUGAGGACUUGCCAGCUUACGGUGAAGAUGCGGCAGACAAGAUGGAGGAGCACGAGGAUCAGGCGGUGUUCGAUCGGUACGCUAAUAUCAGCGACUUUCUGCCGCAAGGAACGGUGGGAGCCGUGGCGUUGGACUCCAACGGCCAUCUGUCCGUCGCCACCUCGACGGGCGGCAAGACGAACAAGUUCCCCGGCCGAAUCGGUGACACUCCCUCGGUCGGGUCCGGCUUCCUGGCUGAUUCGUGGACCAGCACAGCGUUGCAUCGGCACCAACGGUCUUGGCUGGUGCGAGUCGUACAGCGCGUGCUGCUCAGAGCGCCACCAGCGGGGAAAGCGGGGAAGGAGCAAGGCGUGGCGAUCUCGGGCACGGGCGAUGGCGACUUUUUCCUGCGCACCUGCUUUGCCUCGUCCAUCGCCGACCGCAUCCGCUUCGCCAACGUCCCCGUCGAACAGGCGAUCAAGGCGGCCAUGGCCGAGAUCGUAGGGCUGUAUGGAAAGCCAAAGGGCGUAGGAGGUGCGAUCGUCCUCGACGGUGACGGGAAUGCGUACUUCCCCGUAGCCGCGGCCACGAUGAACAGGGGCCUCAUCUCAAAGCACACCGGCUUCAGACCAAGGAUCGCCAUCUUUGAUCACGAGAAGCUGGCCUAA